GGAAUAAGAUCAUUCUAGCCCAGUGUCUUGUGUUGUUAACAUCUCGGUUAGUCUAUCUUUUUGUUCAAUAAUUGGUUGAAAUCUUGUGCAAUAUUCCGCAAAGUCAUACCUUUAUAGGCCUACUCAACAGACUCAGAUUAUAUCCAGUUUCAACUAGUCCCAUUAUAACCAAGGAACGAAGCAGUUUCGAAAUGCUGAUGAUGAAGAGUUGGCAAAUUGCUCUGGUGGUAUUGAUGAUGUUGUCCAUCGAAUUGAAACCAGCUGAUGCAAGGAGGACACCAAAUAAUAAUAAGCCUCCCCGGGCUGGGUCAAUGGCUCGGACUGGGUCAGUGGCCCGGACUCCACGACCUGCACCAUAUCCAACACCAAAUCAUGGAUCAUCACGGGCUGGUCCAUCACAGGCUGGACCAUCACGGGCUGGUCCAUCACAGGCUGGUCCAUCACAGGCUGGUCCAUCACAGGCUGGACCAUCACGGGCUGGUCCAUCACAGGCUGGUCCAUCACAGGCUGGUCCAUCACAGGCUGGUCUACCAACGUCUGGUCGAUCAGUGGCUUCAGCACUAGGAGGACAGCAUUACCAACCUCUCAGACUUUUAACAACGGGAAUCUACCAAUGUAUGACUGGUUUUAUAUUACAAUACAAUCUUCACAAUGAUCGGUUACUUCCAGAAAUAACACAGGGGAAAUUAGAUGAAUUGAAGAGAAGAUAUCCAGGAAAUGCCUUACUGAACGCUAUCAACCCGCCAUUGAGGACACCAUUGGAUCUAUAUGAUCGCUAUAUAAUAAAUAACAAGAAUAAUUUCGAAGCAGGAAUCGACAUUUGUAAACCAGCAUACGAUGAAUGGACGCAACCCGAACUACGCAGGUUUUGUAUGUAUGAUGAUCAGCUCACUAAUGAGGUGGUUGCAGCAUUGGCACAUAGAAACCCCAUAAGAACUGAAGACGUGAAGAGCUAUCUAGUGCAGCGUUUUUUCAAUAAUAAUUAAUUAUCCAGUAGUGGGAUAUUCAACAACCAAUCAUUAUUAAUUAUUCAUGCCAUCAAAUAAUUUUAUUCACUUGUGUUUUUUGCUAUAAGAUAGAUUGAAUCACCUGUGGCAUGGAUACGUUUUGAAAGUAGAGUAGUAUAAAUAGUAAUUAUUUAUUAAUUUGCUGUUGUAGCUCAUAGGCGCCGACUCCAUGAGGCCCGAGGGGCUCGAGCACCCCCAAAAAUUCAGUUAAAUUUGUCGAGAAGGAUAAUUUCAUUGUGCUUGUAAGUUUAAAGCAUUCCGUGAUACAGUACUUGAAACUCUUUAAACCGUACUAAACCAAUACUCUCAACAAAAUGUCUUACUGUGUUAUUCUUUUACAAACUUUAUACGUUCUUUUUAGGUCUUAUAAAUUCAAAAUUUGUCUAUUAUUUAGGGACAUUGGUCAACCAAUUAAUAGGUAGAUGGGUUGAAUAAAUUAAUUUAUUUAUAUGGGCUGAAUACAGUCAUUUAUUCUUCAUACUCUCUGUAUUUUUAAUAAAUAGACAUAGGGCUUUUAUUCUUCCAAAAAUUUGACUUCUUGAAAAAUAAUAAUAUUUUAUACCACAGUCUUCAUGUGAUUUUUAGUUUAAUAGGCUAUAGUGACUAAAAGAGUAAAAUGUGAUUUUUUUGUGUGCCUAUGUUCUAUGUACUGCUUUGUUAAAUAACGCAUUUCUAGGUCAAAUUCAAUUUUUUUCCGGGGAAGGAAACCCGGACCCACCAAUUAGAGCCCCCCAAUAAUUUUGACAAGUCAGCGCCUAUGUUGUAGUUCUAGUUGAGUUUGAUUUGCUUUGAUUUUAUUCAAUUUGAUUUGAUUUUAUUCGAUUUUAUUCAAUUUGAUUUGAUUUUAUUCGAUUUGAUUUUAUUCGAUUUUAUUUGAUUUUAUUCAAUUUGAUUUGAUUUUAUUCAAUUUGAUUGAUUUUAUUCGAUUUGAUUGAUUUUAUUCAAUUAGAUUUGAUUUUAUUCGAUUUGAUUUGAUUUUAUUCAAUUUGAUUUGAUUUUAUUCGAUUUGAUUUGAUUUUAUUCAAUUUGAUUUGAUUUUAUUCGAUUUGAUUUGAUUUUAUUCAAUUUGAUUUGAUUUUAUUCGAUUUGAUUUGAUUUUAUUCGAUUUGAUUUGAUUUUAUUCAAUUUGAUUUGAUUUUAUUCGAUUUGAUUUGAUUUUAUUCAAUUUGAUUUGAUUUUAUUCGAUUUGAUUUGAUUUUAUUCAAUUUGAUUUGAUUUUAUUCGAUUUGAUUGAUUUUAUUCGAUUUUAUUUGAUUUUAUUCAAUUUGAUUUGAUUUUAUUCGAUUUGAUUUGAUUUUAUUCAAUUUGAUUUGAUUUAAUUCCAUUUGAUUUGAUUUUAUUCAAUUUGAUGUGAUUUUAUUCGAUUUGAUUUGAUUUUAUUCGAUUUGAUUUGAUUUGAUUAGUGAAAGGGACUGUCUAAGACCCUGCAAUAUUCAGUGGAAGUUAAAACAAUAAAAAUCUGACAGGAGAUUAUAUAAUUAUAUAAUUAUAAUAAUCAAUAAUUAUUAUAUUCAAUUUGAAAUGGAUAAGGGAUAUUGUAUUCCACAUGGAAGAGAAGUUUAGCCAAAUCUCCUGUCGGAUUUUUAUUGUUUAACUUUUUAUUGUAGAACUAGAUAAAUCUCAAGAUUAGGACAUCACAAUGUAUUUAUUGGUCAAUCAAAGUCUCAAAUUAAUAAUAUUUGGUUGAAAAUCGAAUUGAGUUUCAAUAGAAACAAUUGAAUUGUUGAAAAAGCAUAAUAAUUAUUUUAAUAAUUAUUAUAUUCAAUUUGAAAUCGAUAAGGGAUGUUAUAUAUUGUAUUCCACAUGGAAGAGAAGUUUAGCCAAAUCUCCUGUCAGAUAUUUAUUGCUUAACUUCCACUGAAUGACUUGCUUUUUCAACAAUUCAAUUGUUUCUAUUGAAACUCAAUUCAAUUUUCAACCAAAUAUUAUUAAUUUGAGACUUUGAUUGACCAAUAAAUACAUUGUGAUGUCCUAAUCUUGAGAUUUAUUCAGUUCUCAUUUGGAUGUACUUGAAAGAAGUCUUAGUUUCAUCACUUAGUUUUAUGUAUUAUUAUUGUUCUGUUUUCCUAGAAGAGUAAUUUUGUUCUGGAAUAAAUGAUUGUGAAAUAA